AUGUCGCGCUGGCCGCUGCUGGGCUGCGCCCUCGCCGCCGCCUGCCCCCCGGUCGCGCGCGCCGUCUGCUGGGCGGACGGCUGUGCCGUCGGGAGCCCCGGGAGCCUCGUGCCGCACGGCGGCGGCACGAUCGCGCGCGCCGCCGCGGCGCGGCUGGCGUCGCGCCGGGCGCCAGAGAAUAGGACACAGGACCCCGUCGCCGACGACGGCACUGCCGGCGGCGCCGCGGGCGCGGGAGGCGCCGUCCCCCGGGAGGGCACCGACGAACAGGCCGCCUGUUGGGCGCUCUUCGCAGAGGGGGAGGCGCAGAGCAAGGCGGCUGUGGGCGCUGCCGACGGCGGCGCGCCGCUGAUGGUGAAGUGGGCCACGGACAGCGCCGGCGCGGGGGUCCCCGCCCAGAUGCUGCGCGCAGAGGAGCUCAUGCAGCAGGCCCUGCUCUCCUCGGAGUGUGCCCAGGGGCACGGGGCCAUGGGCGCCUCGCGGGCCCUGCGGGUCUUCCAGCACGCCAAGUGGCUGGCCGAGCGCGACCACGCCCGGGCCGCGGAGGUCCGCUUCCGGGAGGCCAGCCGGGAGGCGGCGGAGCGCCGCCGGUCGGUGCUGGCGCAGCACGCCCUGGCGCGGCUGGGCUACUUCCUGGCGCAGUGGGGCCGCCCGGCAGAGGCGCUGGAGGCCUUCCUCGAGGCCCAGAGGUUCGGCGAGCUCGACCCCGAGCGCGACCCCGUCGCCCCGUUCGUUCUCGGGGUCGUGGGGCGGCAGGCGGCCGGGGGCGACGUCCGCAGGCUGCGGGACGCGGAGGAGCGGAUCCUCGGCGCGGGGCGGCAGCCGACGGAGGAGCUGGAGGCGCUGCGGGAGAGGCUCCAGGCCGAGAUCCGAUUCUGGCGGGCCGCGGAGCUGUGCCCGAGGCGCUGCCUGGACGCGGAGGAGGUCGUGUACGCGAUGAUCUGCCUCGGGAGCCACCUCUUUCACGCCGUGGCGCGAUAG